AUGAGGCUAUGGAGAAAGGCUUCCGCAGUGUUGAAGGAUCAAAAUAGCAUCUGGAUUUCCAGUCUGUCCAGGCGGACUGCACUCCGGAAUCCCGACAUUGAAUCGGCCGUCAUUAAAGCCACCAACCACAAUGAAUCCUCAAUCGAUGUUAAGAAUAUCAAUAGAGUUUUCAAAUGGAUUCGCCUCUCGACGUGCCAUGUCAAGCCUCUUGUUUGGUCUAUAUCGAAUCGAAUGGAGAAAACAAGAAGUUGGGUGGUGGCUCUAAAAGGCUUGAUUCUUAUGCAUGGCGUCAUUAACUGUAAUGUCCAGGCCGUCCAGAAAGUUGGAAGGUUGCCAUUUGAUCUGUCAGAUUUCACAGAUGGGCAUUCGGAUCCAGGGAAAACGUGGGCACACAAUUUGUUUAUUCACGAAUACUAUGCGUUUCUUGAUCAGAAAUCGAUCAUAAUUUAUCAGAAUUUCGAGGACCGCAAAGGACAGAAAAUUGUCUCGAUAAGAAAAGAGCUUCAGUUGCUGCAAAAGCUGCAAGGUUUGCUUGAUUUGUUGCUGCAGAUUAAACCAAAGUCGAAUGCAAGAAGAGUCCCUCUUGUGCAGGACGCCAUGGAUGGAAUUAUCGUUGAGAUUUUUGAUAUUUACAACAAAAUAUGCAGAGGAAUUGCCAUCAUUCUUGUCAAUAUUUAUUCUGCUCAAAAGGCUGAGGCAACAAUGGCACUCGAACUUGUGCAGAAGGCGAAAGCCCAAGGCGACCAUCUUUCUUUAUAUAUCAAAUUCUGCCAACAGCUCGAGGUAGUCAAUGCAUUGGAAUUUCCCGUGGUUGAGAAAGUCCCAGAAGAGGGAGUCGAAGAGCUUAAGCAAAUAAUCAAUGGACUAUCAGAGUCUGAGAAAUCCAGUGUGAAUGAAUUGGGAGAGAAUACAGCAAUUGUUCUGAUAGAUUCUGAAAAUGCCAAUGAAGGAAAAGAUUUGAAGAAAACAACUAUAAUCACUGAUAAGUGGGAGAAAUUCGAAGAUCUUAUGAUUGGCAGCCAAGAAAAUUCAUUUGCCACUUCUUCGAUUACACCUGUGCUUCAUUCAAAUAUAAAUAAUCAAGAACAGCUCCCCGAUUUGCUCAGCUUCUAG